AUUGUUUGGUUCAAAAUGAAGCCUGUUGGCUUCAAGGGUGUCCGGGUUUGUGUGCCUAAGAGCCCUGUACGCCUAGAAGCUCAGCCAUGUUCGUUAGGCCAGAGUAGAAGGAAAGUCAGGUUUAAGGAUGAAGGGCCAUUUUCUCUUACAAUCGGCAACGGAGACUACUUUUGGACAAAUAAAGACAUGUCGUGGAAUUAUGUGCAGACUCUUUCUGAUCAGGGAGCAGAGAAACAUGAAGGGACGAGUCAGUCCUCUGGAAUCACCGAUCAAGAGAAGGAGUUGUCCACCAGUGCUUUCCAGGCUUUCACAGCUGGAAAUUAUGAUGCCUGUCUGCAACACCUUGCCUGCCUACAAGAAGUGAACAAAGAUGAUUAUAAAAUAAUUUUGAAUACAGCAGUGGCUGAGUUUUUUAAAAGUAACCAAAUGACAACAGACAGUUUGACAACACUUAACCAACUGAAGAAUCAGGUCCACUCAGCUGUCGAAGAAAUGGAUGGCUUAGACGACGUGGAGAACAGCAUGUUGUAUUACAAUCAGGCAGUCUUUCUGUAUCAUCUGCGGCAGUACUCAGAGGCCAUAGCAGUUGGUGAAAAGCUCUACCAGUUCAUAGAACCUUUUGAAGAAAAAUUUGCCCAAGCAGUGUGUUUGCUUGUAGACCUAUAUAUAUUAACCUAUCAAGCUGAGAAAGCUUUGCAUCUUCUUGCUGUCCUAGAAAAAAUGAUUUCACAGGGUAACAAUAACAAAAAUGGGAAGAAUGAGACUGGUAACAACACCAGCAAAGACGGAUCUAAUCACAAAGCUGAAAGUGGAGCCCUAAUAGAAGCUGCAAAAUCAAAGAUACAUCAGUAUAAAGUAAGAGCUUAUAUCCAAAUGAAGUCCCUGAAAGCAUGCAAAAGGGAAAUCAAGUCGGUCAUGAACACAGCUGGAAAUUCUGCCCCCUCUCUGUUUCUUAAAAGCAAUUUUGAGUACUUAAGAGGCAAUUAUCGAAAAGCUGUGAAGCUGUUAAAUAGUUCAAACAUUGCUGAGCAUCCAGGAUUCAUGAAAACAGGUGAAUGCUUGAGAUGCAUGUUCUGGAAUAAUCUUGGUUGUAUCCAUUUUGCCAUGAGCAAGCACAAUUUGGGAAUUUUCUACUUUAAAAAGGCCCUCCAGGAGAACGACAAUGUUUGUGCACAGCUCAGUGCAGGCAGCACUGACCCAGGUGAAAGUUUUUCAGGAAGACCCAUGUGUACAUUACUAACCAACAAGAGGUACGAGUUGCUGUAUAACUGUGGCAUUCAGCUCCUUCACAUCGGAAGACCUCUUGCCGCCUUUGAGUGUCUGAUUGAAGCUGUUCAGGUCUAUCACGCAAAUCCCCGCCUCUGGCUCCGGCUGGCCGAAUGCUGCAUUGCUGCCAACAAGGGGACUGCUGAACAAGAAACUAAAGGCCUUCCAAGUAAGAAAGGAAUUGUACAGUCUAUUGUUGGUCAAGGCUAUCAUCGUAAAAUAGUUCUGGCAUCACAGUCUAUACAGAAUACUGUAUAUAACGAUGGACAGUCUUCAGCCAUUCCUGUAGCCAGCAUGGAGUUUGCAGCCAUCUGUCUCCGAAGCCUGCUGCUCUUACCGGAAGAACAGCAAGAUCCGAAGCAGGAAAAUGGGUCUAAAAAUAGUAACCAAUUAGGUGGGAACACGGAGAGCAGCGAAAGCGGCGAAACUUGCAGCAGUAAAAGCCAUGAUGGAGAUAAGUUCAUUCCAGCUCCACCUUCCUCUCCAUUGAGAAAACAGGAAUUAGAAAACUUAAAAUGCUCCAUACUUGCCUGCAGUGCUUACGUGGCUCUGGCUUUAGGUGAUAACCUUAUGGCUUUGAAUCACGCAGAUAAACUUCUUCAGCAGCCCAAGCUGUCAGGAUCCCUUAAGUUUUUGGGCCAUUUAUAUGCUGCAGAAGCCCUCAUCUCUCUGGACAGGAUAUCUGAUGCCAUUACUCACUUGAACCCCGAGAAUGUCACUGAUGUUUCCUUGGGCAUCUCUUCAAAUGAACAGGACCAAGGAUCGGACAAAGGUGAAAAUGAAGCAAUGGAAUCCUCGGCCCCCCAGUGCUACCCCAGUUCCGUCACCUCUGCCAGGACCGUGAUGCUGUUCAAUCUCGGCAGCGCCUACUGUCUGCGGAGCGAAUACGACAAGGCUCGAAAGUGUCUGCACCAGGUGAGGCCAGCAAAAGGUUUGCAGUCUGUGGGUCUUGUUGCUGAGUUUGAGGCUCUGUCAGUUUGUUAAAAUCAGAA